AUGCGUUUCAAUGAACUUCAAGACCAGUCAGACAAAAGUCUGUCUGAGAUCAUGUCAGAAGCGAGGUCAUUAUUGACUCAACUUCUCACAACCGAUUCUCCAGCCCCAUCAGACCCCAUCUUUCGAAAGCUCGAUACCCAUGAGAUACAAGACAUGCAAGAUAAAGUCAUGCCGGACGAUCAUCCUCGAGAUCUCGCUUCCUCCAUUCAACAAGCCAUGACACUCUUUAAUUACCAAAUGCGCCUCAGUCACCCACAUUGCUUUGCUUAUAUACCAGUUUGCCCAAACCCUAUUGCCCGUCUGGGUGAUGCCCUCACUUCCAUCUGGAAUGUAAAUGUUACCACCUGGGAUACGAGCUCUGGUCCGAGUGCGGUUGAAAAGGCCAUGAUCCUCUGGCUGGGUGCCCAGCUGGGGCUGCCAGAUUCAGUUGGAGGGUGCUUUGUUUCCGGUGGUUCGAUGGCAAACAUGACAGCCAUAAUUGCAGCCCGGGAUGAGAAACUCCAACCCUCGCAGCGAGCAAAUGCCACUAUCUACAUGUCCGACCAAACACACCUCUCCGUUAUGAAAGCCCUACAUAUCGCCGGCUUCAUGGACUAUCAGGUCCAGAAGAUACCAACUGAUGAUGACUUCCACAUAGAUGUGGAUAUCUUACGCCAAGUCAUUACUGCGGAUCGUCAACUCGGACGCGUUCCUUUCCUUCUUGUCGCCAAUUGCGGGAGCACCAACACCGGCAGCAUCGAUCCUCUCCAUGAAUUAGCUGACAUCGCACGAGAUGAAGGGCUAUGGCUCCAUGUAGACAGUGCAUAUGGUGCAUCCAUCGCACUAUCCGACAAGCAUCGCCACCUGAUUGAUGGCAUCGAUCGGGCGGACAGCGCUUCCUGGGAUGGCCACAAGUGGCUCUUCCAGACAUAUAGUUGCGGAAUCGUGCUCACGCGGCACGUCAACUCUCUCAGACACAGCUUCUCCUUUGAUGCCGAAUAUAUGAAUACUAUAUUGGCACCGCAGGACACGAUUAAUUUCAAUAAACUCAGUCCAGAGCUCAGUCGCCCCGCGCGUGCGAUGUCUCUUUGGCUCACUCUCAAAGUCUUAGGUAGUCGUCGUGUCGGUGAGAUGAUUGAUCAGGGGUUUCUUCUUGCCCGUCAAGCGGACCGUAGUAUCCGGCAGUAUAAGAACUGGAUCAUUCCGGCGCCAACAGUUGCUAGCAUUGUGGUUUUCAGAUAUGCACCUCGCGGGUUCAGCGAAGAGGAGCUAGACUCACUGAACAGUGCUAUUUCACAACGGCUUUUGAUGGAGAAUAUUGCUGCCAUACUAACUACCCAAAUUCGGGGACGGAAUACUCUUCGACUUUGUGCUAUGAAUCCUGCCGUGCAGCCCGAAGAUAUCAGUGAUAUAAUACGUCAAGUGGAUAAGGUGGCUCGAGCCGAGGCGUCUAAGAUCCAAAAGACAUAUCCAAGGAUGCCUAAUAUUCUGUGUAGUCAUCUGCCAAUUUGUCGUGGGUGUUGA